AUGAACUCGAUGGGUCCUGGAACUAUGGACUUGAGAGGGCCAGGACCAAUGCCAGGACCCAUGAACUCGAUGGGUCCGGGGACCAUGGACUUGAGAGGGCUCAUGCCUGGACCUAUGGACUCCAUGGGGCCUGGGACCAUGGACUUGAGGGGGCCCAGUCCCAUGGCUUCUCGAGCACCAAACUCGCCUUUCAGCUCGGUGCGAGGGCCUCCCAUGACAAUGGUGCCCGCGCCCGCGCCUCUCCCACCUCCUGCAACCGCCACAGCGCGGCAACCGAUGAGCCCUGAGCAGUAUGCCGUGGUGCAGAAGGAACUCAAUGAAUGCUUGGAUGCGGCGCUGAUGAAGCGAAAGGAGCUCGUUCAGAGUCUCGAUCAGGUGACGAAUUCCCAAUCGCCGGCCGUGGGAACACAGGUGACCGUCUCCAGGUACGACCAGCCCAUGUCGAAAGCAGCGGCACACAACCUGGACCAAGUCGACUGGCGGGUCCCGCGGUUGAUGUAUUGCCUCGAUCCCAAGUACAACACUGCACUGGAUCCGGCAAUAGCCUUCGAAGUGCAGCAGAAAAAAUCAGAGGACGGCGGCUCGGCAGGAUUUUGGGCCAGCAACGCUUCUUCGCUCGGCCUUAGACCUUAG